GCUGGAGGCUAAGAUCCUCAGUACCAGCAGCACCAAGCAGUGUCCUCCAGGAGAGUAUUGUCCUACAAGCCAAACCGCAGAAGAUGGGAGCAUUCGCCUUGGAGAUCUUCGGCUUGUCCAUGUGCAUCGUCGGCUGGGUGGGGGUGAUCCUGGCAUGUGCGCUGCCCAUGUGGCAGGUGUCUGCCUUCAUCGCGCAGAACAUCGUGGUGGCACAGUUCACCUGGGAAGGGCUGUGGAUGUCGUGUGUGGUGCAGAGCACCGGGCAGAUGCAGUGCAAGGUCUAUGACUCCAUCCUGGCGCUGGAGCCGGAGCUGCAGGCCGGCAGGGCACUCACUGUCCUGGCAUCCAUCGUUGGGCUGAUCGCCCUUCUGGUCACCAUAGUCGGAGCCCAGUGCACCACCUGCUUCCAGAGCAGCGGCGUCAAGAGUCGCAUCGUGUUUGCCGGGGGAGUGAUGUACAUCGUGACCGGGCUGCUGGUGCUCAUCCCGCUCUGCUGGACGGCCAACAUAGUCAUCAAGGACUUCUUCAACCCCCAGGUGCAUUCCUCCAAGAAGAGGGAGAUGGGGGCAGCUCUGUACGUCGGCUGGGCGGCCACUGCCCUCUUACUCCUCGGCGGGGUCUUAAUCUGCCUGUCGUGCCCCUUGAGAGGGCAGAGGAUCCCGCCAGUCAAGUACUCUGCCUCCCGGAGACCGACCUCCAAUGGAGACUACGAUAAGAAGAACUAUGUGUAAGGACCAAGGGGGGGGAUGGACACUGGUCACUCCACAGGGGGGUGCGGGCACAGCCCUGGCACUGCGGGCAGGCACAGGAAGGACUGCCAGCCACUCGUGGACUAGUGCAUAGCUACAAGUCACCCUCCGUGCCCCUGGCAUCACCACGACUAGAUGACUGGCAUAGUAUUACUGGAAGCGCAGUCACUGUGUAUGAAUGUGUAGAUAUGUCUUCUGAUGAUGGCUGAAACUAACCACUGGUGCCACCCAUACCCUCAUGCCUGGCAGCUCAGAGGGCUCUUGCCCCCUCAGUAAGAAGACUGAGCAGGUGAUCGGGCUGAGCGCAUUCUUGUGGGAAGGAGCUGGAUUCCAAGUCCUCUCAGCACCCCCUGCAUGUUCAGCAGCUGGGAGAGGGGGACUUCUUAUAUUUUAGUCUUCUCCUACACAGAUAUUUUCACUUGGACUAGUACUGAAUGGCAAAGCAGCUGGUAAGGCUGGGUCCUCACCCUGGGGACAGGUCUUUGGAAUCAUAAUGGAGAAAACUUUUAGAACACAUUAUUCUGGGAUUUUUUUUGUUUUUUUAUAGCAAUGCAUUUUUGAUGCAAUUUUUUUGAACCAAAGCCAGAAGUGGAUCUCUCAGAAAGGAGCACAAGUCCUUCUUAUCUACUUCUCAUUCCUUUUGCUUUCACUUCUGGCUUUUACAAAAAAAAAAAAACUGCAUGUAUAUUUAAAAAAAAAAACUGUGUGUGUGAAACCUUCUUUAUUUAACAGGUGCAUAGUUCCCAUUCACUCACAGAUAGCAUCUGGUAAAACGCAGCCACAUUUUUAGAGAUUUAAGUAAAAUUAAGCUUGCGGCUACAUGGAGAGUUUCCAAGUUUAACUACAGCUGUGGUGGAAGGAAUCAUUUGUGUUGCCUUCAAGUCUGCGGUGAGUGCAUGAAAUAGUUAAACUAAGGGGGGUUGCUGUACAGAACAUCUCCAUGUGCUUAGCGCUGCUUAGGCGGAGUUCACACUUCAGUUACUUUCAUCAGUUAUUGUGGGUCAAAAACCCAGAACAGGAGCAGAUCUUUCCAUUACACGUUAUCUCUGUGGACACUGGUUUUGGCUCACAAUCACUGAUGGAAGUGUGAACUCAGCCUUAGGCCUCAUGCACACAACCGUAUGUAUUUGGUGGUC